AUGCGGCCCUUCGCGCUUCUGAUUACCGCUUGGAUAUUGACGAAUGACAAGAUCAAGAUUGUGUUGUCCCAGCCGGCCUCGCAGCCACAGGCACAGUACGCGGUGGAAGAUACGACCAGAGUGUUGCCCUUGGUCGAAGGCAUGAUGUACCCGACGGAAAAGGUAUGGCACGGUCCGAAAGUUGUGGGCCAAUUUUGCUAUAACUUCAAACGUGACUUUAGUUAAAAUUUACUUUGCUUUUAAAAGCUCUGUCGAAACACGUAUUUACUACAGUAUUUCAAUAUUAUCCUUCAUAAACUUAUUUAACGGAUCUGUUCUAGGGAUAUGUCAUGGUAUCGUCAGUAACGUUGAUCCUCGACCAAGGCUACGCUAUCGUAGUAGAUUCUCCAUCGGCAUCUGAUAAGCAAACAACAGAAAUGAUGCUCAAGGGUUAGUACAGGUUGUAUAUUAUCAUAGAUCAAAUCAAGACAUUUUAAGUGUGCAGUUACUUCCACUCAAACCUUUAUUAUUUUUGUACUACAUUAAGAGAUGACACAAGACUAUUUUCAGCAUUGUCAAAUUUUGGAAUCAGUCCAGCCCAAGUGCACGUCGCCUUGACUAGCCAUGGCCACCCAGACCACUUUGGCCAACAAAACUUGUUCACUAAUGCCAGGCACUUGUUCGGACCUUAUGAUUAUGUUAACAGUGUCUUUAACAGAAACGAAUUGUUCAGUGUAAAGUUAUAAAACGUAUAGUAGUAGAUGGACGGUUUUUCGACAAAAUUACAGUACUUUUUGCAAUUAUCUUUAACCGUAAAAACUAUUUUAAGCUUCAACUAUGUUAUACAAAAUUUGCAUUUGUAGUGAAGUGUAUAUUAAUUUUAGCAAAACGAGAUGCAACUUACAAGAAACGUCCAAGUCUGGAACACUCCAGGUCAUACCAACCAGGAUGUUAGUGUUAUCGUACGAAACGUGCCGCAGUUAGGAACGAUCGGUGUAGUUGGUAUGUUAUCGUUAUCUCAUUAACUUUUUUUAAUUUUUCAUAUUUUUUCAAUGUUCUAAUGUUAAAUUUUUAAAAUACGGAAAAAUAAUAUUUUGAAAAAACUGUAAAGUACUCGAAGUUACCGUAAUCCCUUCAGGCGACCUGUUCUACUCGGAAUUAGACGCGCUGUCGGGAGGAGAAGAUUGGAGCCGCGACGCCUGGAACGCGGCCCUCGGCCUCGAGAACCGAAGACGAAUCCUGUGCACGUGUGACGUCAUCGUUCCCGGACAUUCUCGAAUGUUCAAGUGAGUUUUGUCAAACGUACAAUCAUAUUUACAGUCCCUGUAAUUAAACUAUCGUAUGAUCGACCUUGUGCAACUUGUUAUUCAAGUUGUAAUGACAGAUUAAACCAAUUUUACAGAGUAACACCAGAAAUGAGAAGCAGAGUCGGCUGUUCCUUGGACGGUAGUGUACCUCCUGGCCAAAUCUUGUCCAGCCAGAUUCCACAGAAUUCCAUCGUACCGACUCAGAUACCACAACAACUUGGCAAUCAGAUCAGUCCAUCACAACAGAUCCCCACCCAAACACCAAACCAGAUAUCUAGCCAAAUACCAAGCCAACUCCCUAACCAAAUAUCUAGCCAGAUGCCAAUGAUCCCACAGUCUCAGAUACCAAAUCAAGGACUGCAAUUACCGACCGGCCAGCCAGGCAUUCCGGGUCAAUUCCCGACUAGCCAACCAGCUAAUCCAGGCCAAUUCCAAUCGACCGGUCCUAAUCAAAUGUUACCCAACAUUCAUGAACAAUAUCCUCAAAUCCCUGCCAAUUCAGUCUACCCCAGCAACCUCCCUCCUCUCCAGAAUCCCACCAGUCAAUCGGUACGGUACAAAGAGAGCGAGGACAGAAUCCAGCCAAGUGUCAUCAGCCUGCCCCAAGAAGCGCUCAGACAGAAUGACUUUGUAGGUCAGAAGGCUACGCAGCCAGAGCAGGACAUUAAACAAAGUAAGUUUUAUGAAAAGUAUCACAAGAAAGUACUGUAACAUAAGCACAAAUAGAUACUGUAACACAACCAUUGUCACCCUUCAAUCUAGUUUUUUCAGCUGUACUACUGCCAGUCCUAGAAUCGGCCGCUUCUCAUUUAGCCAACUACCUUACCGCUGCCCAGCCCGGAGGGCCUGUUCCUAUUCCUCAACAUACGGCUACAGAAGUCAGAACACUACCGUACCAAAAGAAAAUGACCAAACAUUAA